AUGACGCGAUUCUUCCUGCCUACCUCCUUCGUGAUGCUAUCUGCUAUGCUUGGUGCUCAGUCGGUCGUCAGCGGCAAGGUUUUGUCAUUGAUUAUUGCCGAAGCGUUUACUGACGGCCAUUGGAAGGAGCUGUAUAAGGGGCGUACCUUUUUGGUAUUGUUCCUCUGGGUCCUGGCAGCCAUUAUCUGGGUUAUACAGCUGAAUCGUUCGUUACGGGUCUUUGCUGGCGCCUACAUAAUACCACUUACUCAAGUGUGUUGGACGUCGUGGACUAUGAUUUCUGGUGGAGUCGUUUUCCAAGAGUUCGAAAAGAUGACGAACUGGCAGUUACCUUUGUUCAUCGUGGGUACGCUAAUAUUAUUCUGGGGAGUGUCCUUGCUAGCCCCACGGAAGAAGAGAAUGCCUCAGCAGCAGCAACACCAUCAUCCAUCGCCACACCCACAGCAGGCUCAGCAGUCACCCGAUAUGGACAGUAUGCUUAGUGCGGUCUCAGCUAUGGUAUCGCCAAGCAUUUCGGCUUUGUCCGCGCCAACUCAAGGGCCACUGGAUCAGCAACAGGAAGAGGCAGUAGUGGAUCCUGAUCAAAUUGAUAUUGGCGUUGAAGAGGCUCCUUCGAUAGUAGGAAGCUCUAGUUCAUCGCCUCGCAGUACUGCUGGAGUCAACGUCCUCAUGUCAGCCUUGUCAGUUGGGGUGUUGCCUGACGUUGAAACGAUUGAACGAAGUGGAUUCCAUCAUCUGUAUACAGCCAAUUCCUCAUUAGCUCGGUCACCGUCGGUAUCAGAGAUAUCGGUUAGUGUCCGUGGUGAAGUGACGAGAACGGCUAGUGGGGUUUUCGAGGUGGACGAUCCGCCAUUUAUAAGGACGAGGAACUUCUUGAAGCGGUGGCAGAAUGAUAGGAGGGAGAUAAAGAGGAGCAAAAUGGGUAGUAGUAUUGACACGGGCGGGUUGGAUUCAAUACUUGAGGAAGAUGAAGGUGGGAGGCAGGGAAAACUGAGGAGGAUCUUCUGGUGUGGUAAAAAUGAGGACGCGGAAGAGUGUUGA